AUGGUAGUUUUCACGUGCGAUGCAUGUGGAGAAUCUGUGAAGAAAGCACAAGUUGAAAAACAUGUGAACAUCUGCAGAAACUGCCAGUGCCUUUCUUGCAUGGAUUGCGGCAAGGAUUUCUGGGGUGACGAUUAUAAGGAACAUGUGAAGUGUGUAAGCGAAGACCAGAAAUACGGUGGAAAAGAUUUUGAAGCCAAAACUAACAAAGGAGAUGCUAAACAACAGGAGUGGAUUCAGAAAAUUCAUGAAGUAAUGAAGAAGCCAAACAUAAGCCCUAAAGUGCGGAACAUUCUGGAGCAAAUGCGUGCCUUCGAUAAUAUUCCAAGAAAAAAAGUAAAGUUUCAGAAUUGGAUGAAGAACAGUUUGAGAAUUACUGACAGUGCUUUGCAAGAGCAGGUGUGGGAUAUUUUCUCCGAAGCAACAAGAAACGUUUCAAGUGAAAAAGAUCAAGACAAACCACAGCAGAAGGAAGAGGGGCAGUCUGCCAAAACUGGGGAAAAAACAAUAGAAGAAAAUGGAAUUACAGAUGAUAAAACUGAGAAGAAAAAGAAUAAGAGAGAACGAAAAGAAGAGCGACAAAAGAACAAAAAGAAGGAGAAAAAAGACUUGAAAUUAGAAAACCAGCCAGAAGUAAAAAAGAAUAAAAAAUCCAAAAAAGGAAAGGAGAGCUUGGAGAAUGAAUUUGAAAUAAAUGGAAAUGGCCAUCAGGGUGAAACAGAAGAGGAAACGAAUGUAAAGAAACGCAAACAUAAACAUGCAGAAGAGGAACCUCAUAUCAAAACGAAGAGAAUGAAAACUGAAAAUGUUUCAGAAGACAUGGAAACAGAAAACACCAAUGGCAACGAAGAAAAUGUGGGAACAGAUAAAGGUAAAUUCAACUGGAAGGGAACCAUCAAAGCUGUUCUGAAACAGGCUCCAGACAAUGAAAUUUCAAUUAAAAAACUAAGAAAAAAGGUUAUAGCUCAGUAUUAUGCAGUAGCUGGUGAACAUCACAAAUCAGAAGAGGAUAUUCUAGUCAUAUUUAAUAAGAAAGUGAAUAACAAUCCCAAAUUUAAAGUUUUAAAGGACAAAGUUAAACUCCUGAAAUAAGAGUUUGCAUACUUUUUAUAACCUUUGCAUUUUAAUCUUGCAGACUAAGUCAAAUUCUUCUGUCAGCUGUACAAAUACCAUGCAUUGGUCUCAAUUUAAAUUGUGUAUGUGAGAGCAGAAUUUAACUUUUAAGACUGGAUUCCUUCUCUUUUUCUAGAUUUAUCACAGAACAUUUUCAGAUAUUUUAUUUUUUGAUUUUAUAGAAAAAUGUAUAUUUUUUUUGUACAAGU